AUGAUCCUCCAGGCCGGCGCCCAGAUCAAGGUCCUCGGCAAUGUGCCGUCUGGCGUGAGGGUGCGGCGGGCGCACCGGGCGCCGCAGCGGGGCCGGGUGGUGCGGGCUGAGGAGGGCGACCUCGUGAAGGACCUGCAGCAGGAUGAGGAGCUGAUGUCUCUGGAGGAGCUCGAGAAGAAGCGCAAGAAGGAGGAGGCUGACAGGCUGCGGGCGCAGGAGAAGUUCAUGGUGGUGUCGAGCGGCAAGGCCGACUGCACGCAGUGCGGGUACGUGUACGACCCGGCGCAAGGCGACCCGGAGUUCCCGGUCGCGAAGGGCACCAAGUUCGACGACCUUCCGCAAGACUGGGUGUGCCCUGUCUGCAACUCUACGAAGCAAACGUUCCAGGUGGACAAGCGCGAGCUGGCCGGGUUCGCCGUCAACCAGGGGUACGGCCUCGGAACGAACAGCAUGACCGGGGACGAGAAGAACCGCCUGAUCUUCGGGACCCUCGCUUUCUUCGUCGUCCUGUUCUUGUCCGGCUACUUGCUCGACUGA